AUGAACAGAAGUGGUGGCAGUAUCGUGAAGAAGCACCUGAACAGUAGAACAGUCAAUAAUAUGACUGUUAUUUUAGGAGAUGGUGCCACCAAUGCUGAAGACAAGCUUGGACAUGACUUCAAGCAAAGACUUCAAAAAACUUUGUCACAUGAAAAAACGGACAGGCAAGACCAGGAGAGACUAUACUGCAAUCAAAUUCUAAGAAUGACAAAGUAUUUUCAGCAGAAGUGCUUCAGAUACUUUGAAGUUGGUGUUUGCAAAAACACAUCUGCAGAAAUGAAUGAUCUGGCAAUGUACUUUUAUGAUAAGUAUGAGUAUCAUCUCAUUUAUGCAGGUCUAAACGUAGAUGAUGUUCUCAAGUUUCUCAUGGAUCAAAUGAGAACUACAGCAGGCAAUCUGCGCACCAAGGCAGACAUGCAACAGUUUCAAGAUGCUAUCAAGUGA